AUGAGGGAAGCUGUAAGCGUCAUCGUUGCGUGGGCUGUGAACGAGUCGCUUUUCCGGCUCACGACUCCUCCUCCAUUUCUUGCUGCCGAUACGCCAAGUCGCCGUGGUUACUGCCGAUCGAAGACCGAGCUAUCACCAGACGUCCUCCGCCGUCGUCGUUCGUCGCGACUGUCCCUUUUUGUAGGUUAUUUUUCGGUCGUGACUGCCGCGAAGAUGGUGGCUGUGGCCGACGAGGAUAGAUCGGUGGACGCGUAUUCCCUUUUGCCCUACCGUUUCAGCAACCUUCCCUCUUCACUUCUUUCUACUCAAUCGACGCCACUCCUUCUCCGAUCUGCAACCAUCCCCCGCCUCCCUCCGCCAGCGACGCCGACGCCGGUAACGACGCCGAUACCACCGCCCACUUCUUUCUGUGCUUUGGCGUUCCUCAAUAAUUGUGAUUCGAAAUUUAGAACCUCAGAAGUGUUCCGCAACCUUCCCUCUUCAUAUCUGUUUUACCCUACCCUCCGCCAACACUCCGCCACCAACCGGUCACCGUCUCCGCCAGCAUCGCCAGCGCUUCCAUCCAGCUCCGUCAAACUCUUCGUCAGCAGCCAUCAAGCUGUCAUACCAUCAUAA